AUGUCAGCUUUACCUUCACCUUCGGGGGUGGAAAUUAUUGAAAAUAAACAGGAGCCUAGUGUUGAUUAUUCAAGUAUCAGAGGAAAGGACGUACUUGUGAGCCCAUCUGAGCAUCAGUACGAAUUACUUUUAAAACGCUUGAAAGAACGAGUAGACGAUGGUGGAAGCGAGACAAUAUUUAACAUUGGUAUUGGCGAAGAUGGAUCGGAAGACGGACUGAAGCCUGACGAGUAUGAAGCAUCAAUUGCAACGCUGCAAUCACUGGCAGCGACAAUAGAGGCUGAUUGUGUGCUUCUUCGUCAGAGCAAAGUUGAUCAAGGCCUAACGGGACAGUAUCUCGUACGAAAGCGUCUAAAUAUUCAGGAUUUUUUGGAGAUAAGAGUCGCGGUGGUGGGUAAUGUCGAUGCUGGUAAAUCGACACUGCUGGGGGUUCUCACUCACGGGGAACUUGACAAUGGGCGAGGACUUGCGAGACAGAAGUUGUUCCGUCAUAAACACGAAGCUGAGUCUGGACGGACAAGUUCCGUUGGGAAUGAUAUUCUGGGAUUUGACAGCGUUGGAAAUGUUGUGAAUAAACCCGAGCAUGGAUCUUUGGAUUGGGUUAAAAUUUGUGAGAAAUCAUCAAAAGUUAUAACGUUCAUAGAUCUCGCUGGCCAUGAACGUUAUCUCAAAACCACUGUUUUUGGAAUGACUGGACACGCUCCUGAUUUUGGAAUGCUUAUGGUGGGAGCGAAUGCAGGUAUCGUCGGAAUGACUAAAGAACAUUUAGGUCUAGCUCUAGCCCUAUCAGUACCUGUGUUUGUAGUUGUCACUAAGAUAGACAUGUGUCCUCAAAAUAUUCUUCAAGAAAAUUUAAGACUACUAAUCCGUAUUCUAAAGUCACCUGGGUGUAGAAAAGUACCCGUUACUGUUAAGACUCCCGAUGACGUUGUCGUCAGCGCUACUAAUUUUGUUUCCGAAAGACUGUGCCCUAUUUUUCAAGUAUCAAACGUUAAUGGUGAGAACUUGCAUCUUCUGAAGAUGUUUUUGAAUUUAUUGACUGCUAGAAUCACUAGCCAUGAUAAUGAACCUGCCGAGUAUCAGAUUGAUGAUACUUAUUCAGUACCUGGUGUAGGUACAGUUGUCUCAGGUACGACACUUAAAGGUGUGAUAAAACUAAACGACGUAUUACUGCUAGGACCAGAUCCACUGGGUCACUUUACGCAAAUCACCAUAAAGAGUAUUCACCGUAAACGCAUGCCGGUGAGUGAAGUACGAGGUGGUCAGACAGCAAGCUUCGCUCUCAAGAAAAUAAAAAGAUCACAAAUACGAAAAGGAAUGGUGAUGGUAUCUCCAGCUCUGAAUCCUCAAGCUUGCUGGGAGUUUGAAGGUGAAAUACUGGUGCUGCAUCACCCGACUACAAUAAGUUCGCGCUACCAAGCUAUGGUUCACUGUGGAAGCAUCAGACAGACCGCAUCUAUUCUAUCUAUGUCUCAGGAUUGUUUACGAACGGGUGACAAGGCUUUGGUGCACUUCAGAUUCAUUAAACAUCCAGAGUACAUUAAACCUGGGCAGCGUAUGGUCUUUAGAGAGGGACGUACUAAAGCUGUGGGAAAUGUUUUGAGAUUGAUUCCUCAUUCAAGUAUUACUCAUUCUAAUAAUACGAGGACUGGAAAGCAGCAGAAUAAAAAUAAUCAACAGCCUCGUGCUACAUCCACGUCAUAUGUAAGUAUUUUUUUUUAAUGCAAAACUAAGCUUUGCAAAAUGAGAAAAUUUAUUAAGGUAAA